AUGACGAAUUGUGUGAAUUUAAUAACUCGCUACGGCUCAUUACGGGCGUGGAUAGUGUACUUAUUGUUCGGGUGUCUAGUGAUUGGCCAUUACACCGUCGGUGGUGUUACAGUUGAUAUAUUCCCCCUAGCGCCGUCCACGGAAUCGAUGAUUACGCAUCGGCAUCACCAACAGCUUAAGGGAUCCUUUGCCAGCACGAAGAUGAAAAGCCACAUCAAGCGCAUACUGAACAUUAACGAGGAAAACAGCACGCUGGACAGCUACUUGCUGUCGCUGUUCAAUAUGGAAAAUUUAAAUCCCACCUACGUGUUUCUCCUGCCGUCGAUCGACGGCAAGAACCAGGUGCGCAAACUGAUCUACCAGCGCAGUGACUUCGAGGAGGCCCAAUUUCCGAACGUGACCACGAUCAACAAGUUCACCGGUCGGCCAAACCGGACGGCGGCCGUCAGCAAACCGGGCACCGAUAUGCUGCUGGAGAAGAAGAUCUUCGAGCAUCUGGAGCGGGACACGAUGGACGACGGGACGCGGAAGGUGAUCGAGGAGAACGUCCGUACCGAGCGGAACUUUAUCAAGUUUAUGGACGAGCUGAACCGCGACCUGGAGGAGGAGGAAAACCGGCGGAUGCUGAAGGAAAGUUUGCGCCAGUCGGUGACACGAACCACGGCCACGACCGCCCUGUUUACGCCGUACACGUACCGAAACACGCAAACCAUCGGCUGGGAUGAUCUCGGCCUGGAGGGAUGGGCUGGCGGGUUGCGCGAAAUUCACGGCCAUCGGUUCGAUCAUCCCGUGUUGGAGAAGCCCAAAACGACGAAGCCACCGCAAACGAUGCUGCAGGCAAGCUUUGGCGCAGCACCGCAGGUUCCGGUGCGUCCUACUGCAUCGCUUGGAACACAGCCGCCGGGGAUCGUUAAUCAGACGGCGGUGGCAAGUGCGGCGGCCCGGUACAAACAGACCGGCGUCCUGCUGAGCGAGGACGUCGGCGUUAAGCUGCAGGAAAUCUACAAACGCACCAAUGGGAGUAACGCACGCGUCAAGUGGCCCAUCACAAACAGCCGGGAUGCGCAUCGGGAUGAGGAUGUGUUUAUAGCGCGCGCAAACAAUCCUUUCGGCCAUUCGACCAAGUGGCGCUGGAGUAAUGAAACAGAUCAGGAGGAUCCGCUGAAGGUAGAAGUCCAAUCAUCUCGCGAUGGACGUGCGAAGCGUGGCGUGUACAAUCUCUACUCGAUGAUCAAAUGUGCUACCGGUUGUGAUCCCAUCAUCUACAAGGGGUACGGGUGCUACUGUGGGUUUUUAGGUUCCGGUCAGGCACUCGAUGGUAUUGACCGUUGCUGCAAGAUGCAUGACUACUGCUACAGUACCGCCAGCUGUCCAAUGUUUUUGGAGUAUUUCGUCCCAUACCUCUGGAAGUGUUACAGGGGUCGUCCACUUUGUGCAAUCGAUCACGGUGAGUGGGGUGGUCCGGGUUCAUGCGCAUCCCGACUGUGCCAUUGCGAUCUGUCGCUCUCCAAGUGUCUGCGGCGGUACUACUGUCCGCGGAAGCGAAACGUCUGCACCACUUCGCCGUUGCGUUUACUGCAGAAUCUAGUGAUGGUUUUCUAG